AUGAGUGAAUAUAGUGCAAAUAAGAGUGCUGAUAGUUCUCCAUACUCAUAUUCAAACUGUUUUUUUAUAGCUGUAGCAGGUGGUAGUGCAAGUGGUAAGACAAGUGUUUGUUCAAGGAUAUACUCUGAUUUGGGUGAUAAGAGAGUAGCAGUAAUUGAUAGUGAUAGCUUCUAUAAGACACCUGUACCCGGAGAAUCUUGUUCAAUUAGUGAAUAUAACUUUGACCAUCCAAAUGCGGUUGAUUUUGAUCUGUUAUAUGAUGUCCUUGAAAGAUUAGGCAGGGGAGAGGGUGCUGAAAUUCCAAACUACUGUUUUAAACAGCACAAGAGAUUAGAAACAGUUAGAUAUGUUUCUCCUGCCUCUAUUAUAAUAGUAGAGGGUAUAUUUGUACUUUAUGAUCCAAGGAUUCGACGCCUCUACAAUAUGUCAAUAUUUGUAGAUACAGAUGAUGAUAUUCGUCUAAUAAGGAGAAUUAGAAGAGAUUUUUCUGAAAGAGGACGUCAAGUAGAUGAAAUAUUGGCUCAAUAUGAGAAAACAGUAAAACCAUCAUAUGAUGAGUAUAUAUAUCCAACAAGGAGAUAUGCAGAUCUAGUGAUACCACACUACCCAAAUGAAGUUGCAGUAGAUUUGGUAGUACAACACUUAAGAUAUAAGUUGAAAAUAGAUGAUCUACGUGUUAUUUACUCAAAUUUACAUAUUAUACCAUCUAACUGUCAAAUAAGGCAUAUGCAUACAAUUAUUAGGAAUAAGAAUACAUCCGGCAUAGAUUUCGUAUUUUGGGCUGAUAGGCUUAUUAGAAUUGUGGUAGAGAAUGCCCUGGGUCAUUUACCUUUUGAAUAUCAAACAGUAGAAACCCCCAUUGGGGUGCUUUAUGAUGGUGUAACCUGCAAUUUUAAGGACAAAUUAUGUGCUGUUUCUAUUGUUCGUGGGGGUGAGAGUAUGGAACUUGGAAUAUCUGCUAUUUGUAGGGAUAUACCUAUUGGGAAACUUCUUAUGGAAUUUCAAGAUCCAAAUACUGAGUUAGAUGCAUCUUUUGAAAAGACUAAGAUUCUUUACUGUAAACUUCCAAGUGAUAUUAAUUCUAGAUAUGUAUUUAUAUUAGAUCCAGUUUUGGGAAAUGGAUUUGCUGUAUCUUCAGCAAUUAAAUAUCUAAUAGAUAGGGGAGUACUACAACAUAAAAUAUUAAUUUUGAGUCUUCUUGCGGCUCCAAAUGCAAUUCAUAGAAUUUGCAGGCAAUUUCCUGCUGCUACUUUGAUAACUACAGAGAUAGAAAAGGGUGUUACAGAUGAAGGUUAUGUAAUCCCAGGAGUAGGUGCAUUUGCAGAUAGGUACUUUGGGACAGAGUAA